AUGCCAAAGAGAAAGGCUGCACCGAAACUCUCAGUCGUCCUUGACCACGAAGACGACACGGGUAUGGAUUCUCCAGUGGAGGAUCUAGAUACUGCUCCCCCGCCAGCGAAGCGGGCUAGAGGUCAAGCAAGAUCCGCUACGGCGGCGGUACCGAAGAAAUCAACUGCGAGAAAGCCCCGAUCGACCGUUGUUGUUGGGCCAAAGCGACGCGGCGCAAGGGCCGGCGCAACCGCGAAAUCGCAUGCUGAAAGCAUUACGGAACUGUCGGAGGCAGAAGAUGCAGAACAGCACCAUAAGAAGGAACAGCCGAAUGGGUAUGAAGCUUCCGAUUUGUCAGUAGAUGAGCUUGACUCUCCCGAAACGUUGACGACAGCCGCAAAACGGGGAAGAAAGGCAACCACUGCGGGCACGCGACGUGGUAGGAAACCGGCGUCAGAAAGGAAUAUUGUCAACGAUGGUGGGUUUGAGUAUACCCCUAGCGCUAUCAAAACAAAAAUACCUCCCAAAAAACCGACUCGAAGCAAGCCUGUCCCCGUCGCAGAACCGGGGCCUUCUACCUCGAAAGUCGAGGCUCCAGUCUACAACUAUAUGAAUGUAGAUCACGCUAUCGAGGAUGAUAAUACUGGGAUUCCUGAAGAUAUUGAUUGGGAGACAUCUCUUGACCUUCCAUCUCCUGUGAAGGCCCUGAUCCGCGAACUUGAAGCAGCCGAGUCUCCUCAGGCAGACAAUGCCAAUGAAACGAUAUUGAGACGGCAGCUAAGCAAUGUUAAGAAAAAGCUCAAAGUUGUUGGAGAGCAGUAUCGGGCUUUACGAGAAGUUGGGAUCGUCGAAGCUAACGCCAACUUCGAAAAGUUGAAAAAGGAUUGCGAGAAUAUGACCAAAGCCUCUAAUAAUCUCAUUACCGCUCUGAAAAAGGAACUUGCCAAGCAAUCGGACCUAGCCAAUGAGUUCAUUAUCGUUCAGCGUCGACUUAACGAACGGGAUAGCGAAGUGCUGGAACUUAAUUCUCAAGUAAAGUCCAUGGGCUCCGAUCUUACUAAAUCCCAGAAUGAAAUCAAGGCACUGCAGGCGAAGUUAACUGCUGCCCGAAAUACCUCUGCGAGUGCUGAACAAUCGAGAGUCCCUGGAAGCACCGGGAAAAACGCUCCCUCGUCGCGAUCUACGAUUGCUGCCAAUGCCGAGACGGCUCAGGCCCUCCAAGUUGCACAGCUGAAAGAAGAUCUCUACAGCGAUUUGACUGGGUUAAUUAUUCGUGGCGUGAAAAAAAGAGACGUGGACAAUCUCUAUGACUGCAUUCAAACGGGUUCUAACGGCACUCUUCACUUUAAGCUCGCCGUUGCCGAUGAUACCGAGAAUAAAGUUACAACUGACCUCGAAGCGGCAGAAUUCCAAUAUAUGCCACUUCUGGACCAAAACCGCGACCGUAGCCUUAUUGAAGUUUUGCCUGAUUAUCUUUCUGUGGACAUAACAUUUUCAAGGCAGCACGCGUCUAAGUUCUAUAAUAGGGUAGUGGAUACCCUUACGAGGAAGCGAGUAGAUGACAACUAG